UCCGAAUCGUCAACGCCACCCUUGAGAUCGUCGGUUUCCAUUGUACAGGAGUGAAUAGGAAAUUCCACGGGGAGAGAGAGAGAGAGAGGGGACCCGGAAAGGAAAACCGAUCCAAGAAUCCGGGAGAAGGCAAAAUGGGAAAGUACAAUCUGACCGACAGCCAGGUCUCGUCGAUGAAGGAGGCGUUCAUUCUCUUCGACACCGACGGCGACGGGAAAAUCGCUCCGUCGGAGCUCGGGAUCCUCAUGCGGUCCCUUGGAGGCAAUCCGACACAAUCCCAGUUGAAAUCCAUCAUCGCCUCUGAGAAUCUCACGUCGCCGUUCGAUUUCGAUCGGUUCCUCGAUCUCAUGGCGAAGCACCUGAAGCCGGAGCCUUUCGAUCGCCAGCUUCGUGACGCGUUCAAAGUUCUCGACAAGGAAGGAACUGGGUUCGUAGCUGUCUCGGAUCUGAGGCAUAUACUCACCAGCAUCGGCGAGAAGCUGGAGCCUAGCGAGUUCGAUGAGUGGAUCCGGGAAGUUAAUGUUGGGUCCGAUGGUAAGAUCCGGUACGAGGAGUUCAUCGCCAGGAUGGUCGCCAAGUGAGAUCUAAUCUUUACCUCGUUGCUGAAAUCUGAAUCUGGGAACGAAUUCGAGAUGAUUCCUUCGUUUAUCCGACUGUUGGUUUGAACGAAUUCUAGGGCUUGUUUGGCAUUUGGUUUGCAAUACGAUUGGGGAAUUUCCUAUGGGACAGUUCUAACUUUAUGUUCUUCCUGUUUGUUUUUCUCUGUGUGGAUGAUCCUCUUCAUUAUCUAUUUCCAAGAACUGUUAAAAUCUCUCAUUUUUUUUA